AUAUGAAUUUUUUGUAGACUACAUUAUGCAACACUGUUAUAGACAAUCCAAAUAGUUUAACAAAAUAUGAUAUGGUACAAUACAUCAUUAACUAUUUAGAUUCAGAUACAGUACUUUUUCAGUCAAAUGAAGAUGAUGAAUUAUACUCCCUACAAGUUAAAGAAUGGGAUCCUGUGGUUCAAUGGUUUUGUGAUAAAUUCCAAGUGAAUAUAUCUAAAUCAAGGAGUAUGCAAGGUUUAGUAAUAGACCAAUCUGUUAAGAAUGUAAUUAGUAAAUAUCUUCUUUCAUAUGACUUUCCUGCUGUGCAUGGUUUCGUCUAUGCUGCUGAUACUGUAAAAUCAAUUAUUCUAACUAUAGCUUGUGUAGAAAAAUAUUUAACACCUGAGAAGGGGGUGCUGCUGUCUCGUUUAGAAGAGGAAUUUCAGUUAGGAAAAUGGGGGCGAGUGGAAUGGGCCCAUGAUCUUAAUCAACAAGAUUUACAGGCGAGAUUUUCUGCUGCAAUCCUACUCAUAACAUUCAGUUCUUCCUCUUGGUUGACAAAAGCUAAAAGUGUAAAACUAUAAUUGUGAAAAAAGUGAGUUUUUUGUACUUUUACUUGAGAAUUAAUAUUAUUGAUACAUAGGAGAAUAUCAUUUGGGUUCUUUAUCCGGGCAUUAAAAUUUCCUUAAAACAGA